CCUUUCUUUUUUUUGCCAUGACCUGGUCCCUCCUCGGCUCCUCCCUCACGUCCGGAAAGACCUAUGUUCGUCCACUUGGAUUGAACGAGCACACCUUCUACUUCGACCGUGUCUUCAACGGCACCGCUGACAUUCUCUGGCGUUACCUUGUCCAGGAAACCGACCGCGCGAAGGGUACCCCUUUGUUCAGUGAGGACAAUGUCAAGAGGGCAUGGGCCACGCUCAAGCAGUGGUACCCCCUCUUCGCCGUCCACAUGGACGACUCAAGGGGUCCCGAUGCCGUUCAGUUUGUCGUCUCCGAGCGAGACGUAUCCGACUAUCGCCCGGGCGAGGUGAACUUCUUGUCUGCCAAGUCCAGGGAGGAAGUCGAGGCGUACAUAUGGGUACUCCAACGCGACAAGCCCACAGAGGACCAUCAUCUCAUUUCUCGACUCUUCGUCUUCCAACUCGAUGGGCAGCCAGGGACAUACGAGAUCCUCAUCCGCGUCGCACAUGCUGUCGCGGACGGGAUCUCCGGUGCAACGGUCGCACGUACGUUCUUCGACGUCCUCUCCUCCCCUCCUACACCGAUCCCCAAGCUGGAGGACAGGCUUGCUAUGGCAGUCCCGUCGGAUGAACUCAACCCGACCAGAAAGCUGAGUCCUGCUCGGCAGCGGUGGCGCCGUGCUAUCGCACAAUCCAUCUUCCUCAACAGACGAGGGAGAUGCGCGGGCGGCCACACCAUCCCCCGCACCAUCACAGACAAGACGUACCGCACCCCCUCCGUGACCGGACGCAUUGGCUACCGCUUCCCCGUCCUCGAGACGACCGCGAUCCUCGACACUUGCCGCGCACACCGCGUGACCUUCGGCACUGUCAUCCCCGUCAUCUCCCAGCUCGCCAUCACGCGCAUGCUCCACCGCCGCUACCUCCGCGGCGACCUCCCUGAGGACGAAUGGGAGUACCGCCGGCGGCAGCCUAUGCACUUCGGGGGGCCCAUCAACCUCCGCCCGUACAUGGAUCCCGAAUGGCAGGGCAAAGGCGGCGCGACGGAGGUCGCGCUCGCGAUCGACUACUACGAGCUCACGCUCCCGUUCAUGCCUGCCCCAUUCGGAUCGCGCAGGGACCCGAGCGUGCCGCGCGCAGCGGACGGGGCGCCCCCGUACGCCGCGCUGCUCUCGCGCGAGCGGUUCUUCUACCGCGGGCAGCUGUGCCGGCGGCAGCUCAAGGCGAUCGCCUCGAGUCCGCUCGUGCUGGACAUCGCUCUCGCGCGACAGCCGGUGUACGUGCACCGGAAGAAGACGAUGACACUGCACUGGCUCGCGGAGAAGAAGGGCGAGCCGCUCCCUGAGAUCCCUGCGCCCCCGCUCCGGGACCCUCUCCCGGCAGACUGCGUGUUCUCCGCUGGACUUUCUAGUGUGGGGCAGAUGUCUCUCAUCCUGCCCUCCAAUUACCCUCUUCCCGAGGGACAUCCGCUCUCCGUGCGUACCCCGCGCCCCGCAAACCCGCACUUCGGUGCUAUCUCAGAGGCGCCGUCCACUUCAAACUCAAAAGCCCCACUGGUACCCCCAGCGACUUCCGACGCAGACGCGCUCCUCAGGAUCAUAGACGAGACAACGUACCUGCACAGCCGUCCCACCGAGUUCUUCCUGGGCAACGGUACCGAGCGCGGGAGGCUCGGCCUUGCGGUAACGUUCGACAGGAACACAUACAAGACCGAGGAUGUCGAGGAGUACAUCGACGAGUGCCGCCAGGCGACGCUACAUUACCUGGGUGGAGGUAUCGUGUCGAAGGGGAAGCUGUGAAGACCACGGCGAGGUUGGAUGGAGUCAGAUCUCCGACUGAUCGUCUGCAGCGACUAGUUGAGGAGAGGAAUCUGAAGGCAUUGACCAGUUAUUUGACCUCUGGUUAAAAAAGACACUUGCAUACCGAUCCAAACACACAUAAUUGGACCCAAACAGGAACCUGCACGGUGAUGAUCGAGAGUACUCGCUGCCCAAUCGGACAACCUCAUUAUCAGCGUCUACUCACGAUGACAAUUGAUUGAAUCCAUGUUUCGCAUACAGUGUAUCGUAGUAAGUGGUAAGGGAGAAGAGAAGACGUGCGGACAUAGCAAGGAUAGCGGGGGAUAAAACAGAUAGAUUGAGAAAGCACAUAAAUCGAAAACAUUCAACCAUUUUAAGAGCUGCGAUUUUGCGAGGACUACCAGCGGGCGGUGUCCGCGUGCACAGCAGCCUCGGCAUACUGGGAGUAAUUUUCAACGUCGACAUGGGCAACAAUCGCAGUAUCGCCCAGCCCGAGAAGCUGAGCAGGGAUACCAAGGCGCUGGCCGAGGAUGGCAUUCUCUGAUGCGCACAUCACUAACGUCUCGGCGCGGUUCAUCUGGAUGAACAAUUCCCCGGCUCGGAGACGAGUUAUGAAGCGUUCAAAGUGCUUCUUCUGCUCGUCGGUCGAGGCGUCUCCAGGAACGACUCGGGCGUAAGAACGCUUCGCCUUCAAUGUGCCGACCAGGGCGAUAGCGUGACUGUCCUUGUAGAACUUGCCAGUCGGGUUCCGCGCAGUACUAUCAAGACCGUCGAGGAAAGUUUGGGAAGCUUGCACGUCCUUAAGAGUAAUGGGGACAGACACCGCAGGGUCGAGGUUGAGGUAAAAAUUGUACCUCUUUGCCUCGGCGGAUGGGUCCGCUGCACCUGUCUCGCUCUGCGCACGGCCGGUGAAACCAAGCGUGAGUGGCCCAAAGAUCGUGGACUGGCCCCACAUAGACACUCGGCUUGUAAAUGUGAGGGGUUUUGCUUGCAACGCUGCAGUCUCACCCGCUUGAGCAGCACUCGGGCUCUCGAAUGCUCGCGGCGAUUCGACCUCGAUAACUUCAUUCUGGGCUUCCGGUGCACUCGGAGGCUCGCCGUCGCCCCCGGCAUCUUCGAAGUCAGGCAAAUCCUCGACCGCCUUGUCAUUCAUCCCUGCUGCCUCGAGAAGCUCCUGUCCUGUGGGCGUGGACUCGGGCUCGGGCUGGACGUCAAGCUGCCCAAGACCGGGCAUCUCGGUCGCCUCAGCGGAGUCAAAGGCUGGGGAGCCAUUUUGCUCGACUGCAGGCACCUCCUCGGCAAUCGCCUUGCGGGUCUUCUUGGGCUUCACGCUGGUGAGAACGCCCUUCUGUACUGUCAGGCGACUGUUCUCGGGGAAGAGUCCGCUUGAAGACCUGCCGGGACCUGCCUUCGAGCCUGAGACGAAUGCGGAAUGAUUGUUGUCUGAGGAUUUGUCUCUGCCGUUGGCGGCCCGCUUCAUAAAGCGAGCUUUCACGGCGAUAGCCUCCGGGCCGUUCACUUCAGUGAGAUGAGGGUCGUCGGCGAUCUUGACUCGGGGAUUGGCGGCGCGCAAACGAUGUGCGGGGGGAGGUGAGGGUGGUGUGGUCUGGGACUCUGGAAGCGCCUCGGGAACACUCGAGGGAUCCGGACUGAGCAGAGAGGGGACACCAAAUAUGCUCGGAGGGUCUGGAAGCGCGCCGACAUCCAUCGGCUCUUGUGCAGAGGUGCCAUUCGCAUUGCCACGCGGCGCGUGCGCCUUUCCCCGAGCUUUCCCUUUACCCUCGUCGCUGUCAGACACGAUGAGGAGCUCAUCCGCUGAGGGCGAUUUCUUGGUGGGAGGGGCCGUCUUAGGAUGGCGUCCGCGUCUACGGGGUAGUGAGAGGCGACGAGGGCUGGAUGAGGCAGGUUCGGUAGCGACCGCCUUGCGGCCACGGGAGGAUUCAGCUUGAGAAUCCGGUACGACACGUCCAGCACGAGAGUCCGGCACUACGCGUUCAGCACGGGAGUCUGGCACAACACGUCUGCCAUUGAGAGCCUUCCGCGGUGAUGCGGCCUUUGCUGCUGCUACUGCCGCAGCCUCAACCGCAGCUUUUUCCUCUGCCUCUAGCUGCGCUGGACGUAUGCCAGGCGGACGCCCACGCCUGCGUUUUGUGGGAGACGGCGCGGGCUCGUCCGCUAUCACGGGUUCCAGCUCUAGCUGAGCGAUUUCCUCCUCUACCCCUUGCGAAAAUGCACGCAAUGGUUCAGCCUUGAGCGGGCGAAGGGUCUGAAGCUCAACUAUGGCUGCGGGAAUGCCUGGAGGACCACGCUUUCGCUUAGGCGGCGGCGUCGGUUCGUGCAGCUCGCGUGCAGGAAUUCCAGGGGGUCCACGUUUGCGUGUAGUUGGCACGGAGAUUUCUUCAUCUUCGUGCACAGAACUUCCAACAGGGCUACGCUUACGCUUAGAGUGUGCGGAUUGCGCCAGUUCGCGCGCAGGGAUUCCAGGGGGGCCGCGCUUGCGUUUGGAUGCUGCAGGUUUCUCCUCGUCAACAGAAGGACGAGGGCGUUUGCUGCGGGUCGGUAGGGGACUAGCAGCGGACUCCUCAACUUCGUGAGUGACCGGGCCAUCCUCUUGCUCAGGAUCGGAAAGUUGAAUUGGAGGCUCAGGCGACUCCUCCGGUGUUCUGGCUCUCUUCACUUUCUUCUUGCGUGGAGGACCCGAAGGGAAGAACUCCUCGCCUACAGAGAAGUCGCGCAGAUUGGUGAUGUCCCGCCCCUGAACGUCGAUCCGAGACCAGAACUCGUCGAUGAAAUGUUCGGAGCCAUCCCCGAAGGAUGUUGUAGGCUCCCACGUGUUAUCUUCGUGUCCGUAGUUCUUCCACUUCACCAAGUAAGACCAUGCCUUCCUGCCCCUUUUUCCUCCUUCCACCUUAGCCCGCAGGAUGGACUCGACUUCGUACUCGCUUUCGGAUUCGGACAUGGAGCUGAU